UUUUUUCCUUUAAAUUUGAAAUUGCGUAAAUGUUGGCGGUUUUUUUUUCCAAAUUCUUCACAGUCUGAUGAAAAAAAUGGACAGUAUCCUACAAUUUAAUGUUAGUCUGUAUAGUUACACCCCACAAGGCGCAGAACAGCUUUACAAACAAGCGGAAAUGAUAUAUUAUCGUUUGAGGUUAUAUCAAAUUUUGAAAACCAAAGAAACUCUUUCUGUUGACGAAUUAAAAUCGGAGCUUGGAGAUAAUCCGCUUAAACAUUUAUUAGAUGUAGAAGAUAACGCCGAAGUACGACUUGCGCGUCAUUUGGAUUACCUCAGUCACUGGACAUUGAAAAUUGCAUACAGCAAUCAACAACCAAUGUUCUUCAUGAAAUGCGAACUCAGAUGGUUCAAAACACGAUUUAAUAACAUGUCGCACGAUCAGAGAAUGGAGUUCAUAAAAAAGAACAACUUGAAUUUGACGCCAGCAACAGAGACAGAAAAAUCAAGUUUGAAAUUAUGGGGCCAAAAUUGGUAUAAGUUUAACUUUACGGAAGUGACCUUAUUAGUAAAACUCCGCUUAUAUCCUAUGUACAAAGGCUUCAUCUUCAUCCCAGAACACAAAUUAGUCUUUUGGUUGACUGAGAAACUCCAAAAACAAUUACAAUCUUCACUAGUCCAUUGCAGAAAAAUGUUACCCUCAACCUGUGAUCAGCUGAACAUGCUUAUAAACACAUUCGAACUAGUCCAACCUUAUAGUGACACAACCUCGCGGAGAUUCAAAUUGUGUGAUUUAAAAAAAAAUGUUGAACAUUUUCCCUUGUGCAUGAAAUUCCAGUAUGAAAAUCUGGAAAAGAAGCACCACUUGAAACACUUUUCACGUGUGCAGUAUGGUUUGUUUUUAAAAGGACUAGGCCUCUCCCUUGAAGAAGCCCUGAAAAUGUGGAAAACCGAAUUCACGAAAAAAAUGUCAGAAAGAUGCUUCCAGAAAGAAUAUAGUUAUUUUUUUAAGCAUCAGUACGGAACUGUGGGUAGUAAGAUUAAAUAUAAAGCUCAGUGUUGUGACACAAUUUUAGAACAGUCAGUCCCAAGUGGGUUUGUUCAUGGAUGUCCUUUCAAACAUUGGGAUGCGAGUGUUCUUAGCGUGAGAUUAAGAGAGGAUGAUGUUUGUGACGAAGAUGUGAGAAAAAUUUUAGGUUUGAAACAGAGAGAGCAAUAUAGGGCGGCGUGUACGACGUACUUUCAAAGUGUAUGUGGAUGUAAACUCGACGAUGUUAUUGAUCACCCUGUUAAAUACUACGACAAGUCAUGUAGUUCAAUUGUUGACAUUGAAGACCUGGUCCUGAGUGAUGAGGAUUAAUCUCGUGAUGACUCAGUAACAACAGUUGAUAAUGUAGUAAGAUGUCGCCACUCAACCUCGGCGCAAUAUCAGCGAGAUUUUCGAUCGCUUCGACGACCGAUCCCGCACGCCGCUGCUCUGCGAAAACAAGUGCCUCCGCUGCGCCUCGCUGUUUGCACAGCUACCCACGACCCGCCGAAUCCCUAACAAUCAACAACGCGCUUGCCAAAGCCGCUCUGGCACAGGAUGACAGCUAAUAAUACUCCUUCGCUCCUGUUAUUACCGCCAAGGCCGAUCGGAACAGCUCCGAAACUCGCGAAUUUAAGCAAGCAAGGCUGCUGGGCAGCCUUGGACCGUUAAGAUUCCGCUCCGACCAUGAAACCCGGCUAAUUAUUCCGUUAUUUUAAGCGCACGUAAUCGAAAUUGGUUGGGAGAACCACUGCCAGGCGGCGCCACACAGCGUGUAAACAACAAGUAAAGGAGAGACGAUACCGAUGACAGAGAGACCGAUCUCGACUGUGACCCUUAUCAACGAGAGCGCAGAGGCGAUAAUUGUAUUCGGUGCAAGACUUUUAAAGUGGGCCGAGAGGAAAGUGGGUGCGAAAUCUAAAUUUGUGUAAUUGUGGCUGUGUCACGAAAAAAGUUGAAGUUGGGUAUGUGACAAGUUUUAAAUAAAGAAUCUAUUUUGUUUUCA